CAAUAGUCCCUGGUGAGCUGGAGCUCCAGACGAAGACCUUUUAAUAAUGUCAACUAAUUCCUCGGAGUUCGGCCCGGACGUAAUCUUACCCACAGGAGAAAUCCUACAAUCCCCAUUUUAUCAUUACCUCGUCAGCAAACCGGCCUCGGUGUUCUUUGUGACAGUCUUCACGAUCUCAACAGUAUUACACUUCGGGCAAUCUGUCUGGUAUCGAAUGUGGUGGUUAAUCCCUACGGCUGUCUUAAGUGGCGCUGGGGAAAUGGCCGGAUGGAGUGGUCGUUUGUGGUCUUCCAUCAGGCCUCUCAAUAACACUCCAUUCUCAAUACAAAUUGUAGCAACUAUCAUCGCUCCUACUCCAUUCCUCGGCGCUAUCUUCAUGACAUUUUCUCGUCUUACAAAACGUCUGGGCACAAAGUACAGUCGGUUGUCACCCCGUCGAUACUCAAGGAUAUUCCUGACAUGUGAUAUCAUCUCCCUAUUCGUUCAAGCAGGGGGAGGUAGUAUAACUGAUAAUGAUAAUGGUUUAGUAGUCAAAAUCGGGACGUACAUUAUGUUAGGUGGCAUCGCAUUUCAGCUCUUGUCUCUCGUCGUGUUCCUCCUGUUGGCCGUGGAGUAUCUCCUUCGCUAUAUCUACGAUCGACCUCUGUCUCGGUGGCUCAAAGAGAAGAAUGCAUCUGACACGGAGAUAGACGGAUUCGAGCGGCGUGAAUGGGACAAAAGGGUCAAAUAUUUGAUAGGAGGGCUAGCACUCAUGUGUUUCUUCAUCUUGGUCCGGUCUGUUUAUCGACUAAUUGAACUGAUCGGUGGCUGGACCGGCAAAGUGAUCGAGACCCAAAGCUACUUCAUUGCUUUCGACGGCGCGAUGAUCUGGCUUGCGCUGCUCGCGUACAAUAUAUUUCACCCAGGCCUGCUGUUGAGGGACCCCGACUCGGAGCCAAAGCCGGAGUAUAGCGUUGGACUGGAGUCUGGGUUUGUACCGGGCUCAGACACUCUCUUGAGAAGUAGAACUUAGUGCUACUAAUCCUCUUGCUCUUGCGCUCUUGUCUGCGAGGCGGACUAUCGGCUGUUUGGACAUUUGUGGACGUUCAUCUACUAUGAUUAGUAUUUUGAUAGAUUGUAUUGCAUUCUCUUUGGACUACGGAUGACUACAGGAUUUGAGCAUUCCUUUUGCAGCCCUUUUGAUAUGAUUCUGACUG